GUCUGCUACCGCUGCUGACAUAGCAUUGACUACGGUUUAGCGGACUCGUACACCACACUUUCUCACCAUGCGUAUCCAGCAAAGCGCUGCUCUGUUGAGCUGGGCGCUGUUGUUUGGGUCGUCGGUGAAUGCAGCUCAACUUCCACUCUCCUUUCAGAAUCUUGAGAAUACGGCGUCUGAGGUCGAGACGGUUUAUCAUUCGAAGCUUCAUGGGAGGUUUAUGCAUGUUACUGACUUUCAUCCUGAUCGCAAUUACCGUGAGGGAGCGUUGGUGGACAAUAACUGCCAUUUUCACGGAAAGGACGGAAAGAAGGACAAGAGUCUGGAAGGCUUGAAGAAAGAUAAGGAUAAGGACAAGGACGAUGAUGAGGAGGAGAAGGCUGGAUACUGGGGGUAUCCCGCGUCGGGUUGUGAUGCACCUUGGACACUGGUCGACGCGACCUUUGAAUGGAUUGACAAGGAAUGGAAGGACAAGAUUGACUUCGUCAUCUGGACGGGAGACAGCGUCAGGCACGACAACGACAACAACUUCCCUCGAACACAGAAGGAGAUCUUUCAAUCCAAUGCGGACAUGAUCCGAAAGUUCGAGGAAGUCUUCCACUCGGACGAUCCUACAAAGCGUCACUCCAUUCCCAUUGUUCCCACUAUGGGCAACAACGACGUGUGGCCUCACAACAUUAUGCGUCCAGGACCUAACCCCACCACUCUCCGCUUUGCCCAGCUCUGGUCUCACUUUGUUCCCGAAGAACAGAUGCACACCUUCCAGCGUGGCGCAUACUUCUGGCGCGAAGUUAUUCCUAACAAGCUCGCCGUCAUCUCCCUGAACACCCUGUAUUGGUUCGAGUCUAACGCUGCCGUCGAUGGAUGCGAUGCCAAGGAGGACGCUGGUUCAUUACAGUUCGAGUGGUUGAAGAUUCAGUUGAACAUCCUGAGAUCCAGAGGCAUGAAGGCUUACCUCAUUGGACACGUGCCACCGACGGAGAAGUACUACCCAACAUGCUUGAUGAAGUACGUUGUGUGGAGCAAUGCCUUCCGGGACGUGAUUAUUGGUCACUUCUUCGGACACGCCAACGUCGACCACUUCAUCAUGCUCAACGAGAAGGACGUCCUUGACCGUACUGAGCUCCGAAAAGCUACUCGUGAUUUCCUCGAGAUCGAUGCAGAUGAGUAUGAUGACCAUAAUGGCACUCUCCGCAUCAUGGGUAAGGAGAAUUACAUGGCAGAACUUCGCGAUUAUUUCCGUCAUAUGCCUGACUUGCGCAAGUAUACCGGCAGGAAGAGGGAGCAGGUCAUGGAGAACUGGAUGGUCGCGAACGUUGUGCCAAGUAUUAUUCCUACGUACUUCCCUGCUGCCAGAGUCGUGGAGUACAACGUUACUGGGUAUGAUGGCGGACAUGCCCCUCACCGCGGUACUUUGGAUAUGGCGGCGGUGGAGACGACCGAAGACAGUGAGGAUCAUGUGCAGGAGGGGGUCGAGGAAGACAGCGAAGUCGAUGCAUCCAAGAAGAAAGGCAAGAAGAAGAAGGGAAAGAAGAAGAGGCCAAAGCACAAGAAGCCUCCCGCAGAUGCACCCGCUCCUCCUGCACCCGGAUCUCCUCUUGGUCCUGCAUUCGAGCCUCAGUUCUUGACGCCGAUUAAGUACACCCAGUAUUACGCCAACAUCACCAAACACAACGAGGAGAAAUCACUGCACGGACACGAGAAUCUGACGUUCGAAGUGGAAUAUGAAACGGAUGGUGCGCCAUAUCACAUGCAGGAUCUCACGGUUCCAUCGUACAUGGAGCUCGCGAAGAAGAUCGCGGGUGACGCCAAGCGUGACGACAAGAAACAUAGAAAAGGCAAGGGAAUUCAGGAUUUGCUGAAGAAAAAGAAGAAAAAGGGAAAGAAGGGAAAGAAGGGUAAGAAACCUAGGGACAAGGAUGAUGAUUUGUGGUUCGUGUACCUGAAGCGGGCCUUUGUGCAGACGAAGGACGACGACGACAUAGAUGAUAUGAUGAACGCAUAGGAUAGCGUGUAAUAAUAU